AUGUUUCUGUCUCUUCCUACGUUGACUGUACUUAUUCCGUUGGUCUCUUUAGCCGGACUGUUCUACUCAGCCUCCGUGGAAGAAAACUUCCCACAGGGCUGCACUAACACAACCAGCCUGUGCUUUUAUAGUCUGCUCCUGCCCAUUACCAUACCAGUUUAUGUGUUCUUCCACCUUUGGACUUGGAUGGGUAUUAAACUCUUCAGGCAUAAUUAAUACAACCAGAGCCAAGAGGAUACAUAUGUUGUGUCUAUCUCUGAAAGCUCAACUACAUGGAAAUACUGGAAACCCACUUAAAUUGUAGGAAAGGUGCUUUGCCUUGCUUCUCUCAGAGGUUUAGGACUAUGGGAGGCUUAAGCUGCAGAAGUUUCUUUUGUAUUUUUUGUUCUGCCCUUGUUUUUUGAAAAUUCUAAUUUAUAACUACUGUAUCAGAAGAAACACUUAAGCAGUUUCUUGUUGGAAAUUAACAGUCCCAACCAUCACCUGAUGACUUUCUUACCCCAUUCAUCUAAAAAUUAGUAAUUAAAAUUUUUAUAUGUUUAUUUUAAAGUAUUUGGCAGAGUUAACAUGUUAAGGAUGACUAAAAUAAUUCAUUCCAAAGGAGUUAUGUUGGAGUAGUUGUAGAGAAACGUAUUUGAGCUAGUGUGCUAUAAAAAGUACAAUAAAAGGGAAAUAUCAUGUACUUGCAAACAUUCUGAGUUUGUAAAAUUAUCUUCGUUUGUCAUCAAAUGCUUACAUUAGUAAUAAUAAAACAAGAUGACACUUUUCCGGG